CCGCUGCCGCCGAGCUGGGCGGGAGUUGUUGGCGGUGGGUCUGAAGGUGAUGGCCUUGACUGAAGGCCUCGAGGCGGCAUCUCCCGCUGUUUCUGCAGUCGCUGCCCGGGACUCGGUGCGCUCAUCGUCAUGAGAGGAGACAGAGCCCUGAAGCAAAGAAAUCUGGAUCACAGAAAAAGUAUUCAGGGGUCAUGCAAGCCAACUGUAGCCAACUGCACAGCCCUUCAGGAGCUGCAGGCAGUGAGGAUGCCUCAGCCUCCCAGUGUGUCCAAACAAGAUUGACAGGAGAAGCUUCCUGUCUUUAUUCUGGAGAUGUUCAUAUUCAGAUAAACUCCAUGCCUAAAGAAUGUGCUGAAAAUCCAAGCUCCAGAAAUGUAAGGUCAGGUGUCCACGGCUGUACCCAUGGAUGUGUACACAGUCGCUUACGGAGUCACUCCCACAAUGAAGCAAGGCAACCUGAUGAUACCGAGAUGGAGUCUGGAGAUCGUGGUAGUAGCUCCUUCUCAGAAUUCCGAUAUCUCUUCAAGUGGUUGCAAAAAGGUCUUCCAUAUAUUUUGAUUCUGGGUGUCAAACUUGUUAUGCAGCAUAUAACAGGAAUUUCUCUUGGAAUUGGGCUGCUUACAACUUUUAUAUAUGCAAACAAAAGCAUUGUAAAUCAGGUCUUUCUAAGAGAAAGGUGCUCAAAGAUUCAGUGUGCUUGGUUACUGGUAUUCUUAGCAGGAUCUUCUGUUCUUUUAUAUUACACCUUUCAUUCUCAGUCACUUUAUUACAGCUUAAUUUUUUUUAAUCCUACUUUGGACUAUUCGAGCUUCUGGGACGUACUUUGGAUCGUUGGAAUUACAGACUUCAUUCUGAAAUUCCUCUUCAUGGGCUUAAAAUGCCUUAUUUUAUUGGUGCCUUCUUUCAUCAUGCCUUUUAAAUCCAAGGGUUAUUGGUAUAUGGUUUUAGAAGAAUUAUGUCAGUAUUACCGAACUUUUGUCCCCGUACCAGUUUGGUUUCGUUACCUUAUAAGCUAUGGGGAGUUUGGUAAUGUAACUGGAUGGAGUCUUGGGAUAUUGCUGGCUUUACUCUACCUCAUACUAAAACUUCUGGACUUUUUUGGACAUCUGAGAACUUUCAGACGGGUUUUGAGAAUAUUUUUUACACGACCAAGUCACGGAGUGGCUGCCAGCAAGAGACAGUGUUCAGAUGUGGAUGAUAUUUGUUCAAUAUGUCAAGCUGAAUUUCAAAAGCCAAUUCUUCUCACCUGUCAGGCUCUUAACAAGAAAGCAGAACCAACAGAAGGAGUCUCUAGCCCACAGGAGCCCAAAGUCUCAGGGAAGAGAGAUGAGUCAAUGGAGCUAAGCACAAGGUGCCAUGGGAACUACAUCUGACCUGGCAAGAAGUCUUCCUGGACGUGGAGAUACCUAAGCUGUAUCAUAAAAAGUUAUUAAGAUGAAAUGUAGAGGGUAUUAAAAAAAAAGGCAUUCCCAGUGCAAAAGAGGCUUGACAGGACGGGACACGUCUUGAGGAUCUAAAAGUAGUUCAGUAUGGUUAGAAGUGGUUAGGACAUGUAUUAGGCCUGGACAUAUAGGAAAUGGAAGGCCUGGGCAUCUAGGCAAAGGCAUUUGAAUCUUAUUUUAGAGGCAGAGGAGAAAUGCUGAGGUAAGGUAAAUGAAUAACCUUUGGCUUUAAGAAAGACAGUUCUAGUAGCAGUGUGAAGUUUUAGGGAAGAAAUGACACCAGUUAGAAGGCUAGUAAACUAAGCAAGAAGUAAAACCUGUAACUAAGAAAAUGAAGGUGGGGAAAAAAAGGGUAAAAGUGCAUCAUUAGCACUCGCUGACUAAGGAGAUAUGAGAAUAAAUGAUGAUACCAUGGUUUCUGUGUAAGUAAUGGUGUCAUUCAAUAACAGGAAAUGGAAACAAAGAAAAAAGUUUUGGGAAAAUGAUAUAUUGCUUUGGACACGCUAAGUCUUAAAUUCUAAGUUCUUGUACACCUCUAGUAACGUGAAAAAGCGUAUAUACGUGGCCAUUAGUUGCAAUAUUAUUUGUAAAAGUGAAACAUUAGAAACAACCUAAAUGCCCAUGCAUAGGAUACUGCAUGAAAACCCUGUGUAAGAAAACUGUAAAAAGAAUGAGGAACAUCUCUGAAAGCAAGGUGCAAAAGAGCAUAUAUGGCACAGCAGUAACACAGUAUGCUACCUUUUGUGUAACAGUGGAAAUAAGAAUAUAUAUAAUAGGUACAUGCUUAUAUCUGCAAUAAUGAGCACACCUAAAUUAAGCCAAAAGCUAAUGAUACAGGGAAUUCCCUGGCGGUCCAGUGGUUAGGACUCGGCACUAUCACUGACAAGGGCCCAGGUCCGAUCCCUGGUUGGGGAACUAAGAUCCCGCAUGCCAUGUGGCGUGUCCAAAAAAAUAACAAUAACAUAAAACAUCCCAACAAGAAACCUAUCUAAAAAAAAAAAAAAAAAGCUAAUGAUAGUGGAAAGGCAGGAAAGGGAAUGGGACCUCUGAGUAAAACCUGAAGGGUUUUAUCAUUCAUUUCUUUUCUUACCUAAAUCAAAUAUCAUUAUUGUGAUUAUUAAAUUCUGAACCAUGUUAAUGUUUUAUACAUUUCAAAAAUAAAAUUAAAUCUGGAUGGGGGAGGGAAAUAAAAUUGAAUACAACAGAAAUA